AUGACGUCAUGGCGCACAAUACUUAUAUACAGGCGCCUGGGCGCCAUCUCGGUCUUUUGUGGCUGCGAGCCGGCUCUUCCUCUGAUCUCUGAUGCUGAGAACCGCGGCAGGCAUGACUCCAGUGUGGAUUUUGAUGGCUUCUGGUGGGCAGUUGUGUACCAGAAGGAUGACAACUACUGCUGGGGUGAGUUACUGAAAUUCCCUCACAAGGGAAGGUUAGGUUCAAAGUCCACUGAAUGUGCCACAAUGAUGACAGUUUAUUUGCUACUCUUGACUGUGAGGAUGACGAGAAUUAUUACCACCAUUAUUUUAACUGAGGCACACGAAAUGGCUGUUCGGAGAAUACAGAGAUUGCACCUUCUUUGA